AUGUCGCUGCACACUGGAGGUCCAGCCUGGGGGACGGGAGACAAAGGGAGCAAGUGUCCGGUGAGACGGACAAUCCGAAGCCGGACACCGGGCUGGUUUCAACAGCGGGCAGCCCCAGGGAGGCCCGUCAGCUCCCGCGGACACAAAGCCCGACGCGGAUCCCCCACUGCCCACCGGCCGUUCGGCAAAGUCGGAGUGCACCCCAAAUGGGACCGGGAAUGGGGGCAACUUAAAGCACAAAGUUCCGGGGGCUUCAGGUUCCCUGCCGGCGCCGCCCAGCUGCCAGCCCCAGAGCGGAGGGCAGGCGGCGGGCGACCUCAGCCACGCGGCCGCAAGCUCCGAGCUUCCCCACACCGGCCGAGAACUCACCCGCCGCCGCCGCCGCCUUCGCCCCUGCCGCCCGCAGGCCCCGCGCGAAGCCGCUCGCCCUGCCGGGCCGGGCCGGUACCCGCGCGCAGUCCCGAGGCCCGCCGCGUGCCGGGCGGUUGCCGGCGCCGCGCCCCCCGCGCUCCACGUGACGCGGCCCCUUCACCGAGCGCUGCGAUUGGACACUGCGACCCGCUCAGCGUGCUCCCAUUGGUCUAG